AUGACAACCACUACGGCGACCACCCGUCUCGUCAAGAAUGCCCGCAUCUUCACUUCAGCGGACGGUGACUCGAAACUCCACGAGGCCCUUGUGGUGGACGGUGACAAGGUCGCGUUUGUAGGAACCCUUGAGGAGGCCGAGAAACGUGCCGUGAACGCCGAGGUGACUGACCUAGGAGGCAAAGUGGUUCUCCCUGGUAUCAUUGAUGGUCACACACACCUCGUCAUGUUCGGCGGCUCGCUCGCCAAGGCCGACUGCUUGGGCAAGACAGCAGCGCAGGUGCAGGAGAUCAUCAAGGCCGAACGCGUAGCCAAGCCACACCAGCCGUUUGUCCUGGGCCGUUCCUUCCUGUUCGAUGCUCUGGGUCAGGACCCGCACAAGUCCCUGCUUGACGCCGCCGUGUCCGACGUGCCCGUGAUCAUCGACUCGGCCGACCUGCAUUCGACAUGGCUCAACAGUGCCGCUCUCAAAGCUGUCGGAGUAGGACGUGAUACCCCCAACCCCAAGGGCGGCGAGUUUGAGCGUGACGCAGACGGAGAGCUCACCGGUCUCUGCCUCGAGACCGCGGUUGUGGAGUAUGUGUGGCCAUGGGUGUCAAAGCAGAUGACCCACGAGGACCGGGUGCGUAUGCUCGACGACGUGUUUGAAGAGUACCUUUCAACUGGUAUCACCGGCUGCAUCGACAUGGCGAUGACCGACGAGGACCUCGCCGCCAUCGAAGCCGUGUAUGCACGCAACCAAAGCCUUCCCAUCCGCGUCGCUGUUCACUUCCUCCUGCGGCCAGACGGCACCGACGAGUCUCGUGCAGAGCAGGUCACGGCUGCGGCCGCCCAGCGCAAGCGCCUCGAGCCAUAUGCGCCGUGGCUCCAGGUCGCAGGCGUCAAGGUCAUUUCUGACGGAGUUGUGGAUUCGUGUACGGCGUUUCUUAAAGAGCCGUACGCAGAUGGAACCAAAGCUGGACCCAUCUGGCCGGGCGACGAGCUGGCAAAGGUCGUUGUCCUGGCCGACUCGCUCGACUUGCAGAUUGCGGUCCAUGCCAUUGGCGACGCUGCGUCAGAGCAAGCGCUGGACGCCUUUGAGGCGGCGAUCAAGGUCAACGGCCCGCGUCCCUUGCGCCGCCACCGCCUGGAGCAUCUCGAAGUCGUCACCCCAGAGAGCAUCCAGCGCCUCACCCGCCUUGGCAUCGUUGCGUCCCUGCAGCCUGUCCAUGCCGACCCCGUCUAUGUACCCAACUGGCGCAAGAUGCUGGGUGAGGACAAGCGCUGCGACCGCGCCUUCCCUUGGACAGAAUACGUCGAGGCCAAUUCCAAGGUGGCGUUUGGAUCCGACGCUCCGACCGCUCCACACCACCCGUUCCCCAACAUGUACACCGCCACCACCCGCCAGUCGGCUGUAAACCCUACGCUCAAGCCUGACACCGACCCUCGCAUUGUCGCUCUCGAGCGUUUCUGCUUGAAGCUGGACACGAGCAUUCGCUUCUACACCUCUGGGUCCGCCUACUCGAUGCGCGGCGAGGACAGCUACGGCACCCUCGAAGCGGGAAAAAGUGCCGACUUUUGUGUGAUCAGCAUCGACCCGUUCCAGGAUGGUGUGGAGACACUGCGGGAGGCGCAAAAGGCCGUCACCCAGACGUGGGUUGCGGGCAAGCUGGCGUGGGAGAAGUCGUAG